GGCUUUUGCCUGGGGUUCUCAGGAGGGGAGAGUUGGGAGAGGCUUUGCUGCUGAGGAAAUUUAUUUGGUAGAUUGAAGGUUUGAACGAGAGCUACAGAAACUAAAGAAAAAGUCUGUAUAAGCCGAUGGUGUUCGGGAAGAAGAUAACUCCAUUGCCUUGAGUUUGUAGGUGCCACUACUACUCUGGAAAAAUGGCAGAUGACGAAGAAUAUGAGGAGGUGGUGGAGUACUACACAGAAGAAGUGGUUUAUGAAGAGGUGCCGGGAGAGACAAUAACAGAAAUUUAUGAGACUACAACGACAAGGACGUCUGACUAUGAGCAAUCGGAAACUUCCAAACCAGCUCUGGCGCAGCCAGCACUGGCACAGCCAGCACCAGCAAAGCCGGUGGAGAGGAGGAAGGUCAUCCGGAAGAAAGUGGAUCCUUCAAAGUUCAUGACCCCCUACAUUGCACACAGUCAGAAAAUGCAGGAUCUUUUUAGCCCAAAUAAAUACAAGGAGAAAUUUGAGAAAACAAAAGGACAGCCAUACGCCAGUACAACAGAUACCCCAGAACUUCGCAGAAUCAAAAAAGUACAAGAUCAACUCAGUGAGGUUAAGUAUCGAAUGGAUGGUGAUGUUGCUAAGACUAUCUGUCACGUAGACGAAAAAGCAAAGGAUAUUGAACAUGCAAAGAAAGUGUCGCAGCAAGUCAGUAAGGUUUUAUACAAGCAGAACUGGGAAGACACCAAGGAUAAGUACCUGCUUCCUCCUGAUGCCCCUGAACUUGUCCAGGCUGUUAAGAACACCGCCAUGUUCAGCAAGAAACUGUACACUGAAGACUGGGAAGCAGACAAAAGUUUGUUUUACCCCUACAAUGACAGCCCAGAACUGAGGAGAGUUGCCCAGGCCCAGAAAGCUCUCAGUGAUGUUGCCUACAAAAAAGGUCUCGCUGAACAGCAAGCUCAAUUUACGCCUCUGGCCGAUCCUCCAGAAAUAGAAUUUGCCAAGAAAGUAACCAAUCAAGUGAGCAAGCAAAAAUACAAAGAAGACUAUGAAAAUAAAAUCAAAGGCAAAUGGAGUGAGACACCUUGCUUUGAAGUUGCAAACGCCAGAAUGAAUGCUGAUAACAUCAGCACAAGGAAAUACCAGGAAGAUUUUGAAAGCAUGAAAGACCAGAUCUACUUCAUGCAGACUGAAACACCAGAGUAUAAAAUGAAUAAAAAAGCUGGUGUGGCAGCUAGCAAGGUAAAAUACAAAGAAGACUAUGAAAAGAAUAAAGGAAAAGCAGAUUAUAAUGUGCUUCCUGCUUCAGAGAACCCACUGCUUAGGCAGCUGAAGGCGGCAGGAGAUGCCCUAAGUGAUAAACUAUACAAGGAAAACUAUGAAAAGACAAAGGCAAAGAGCAUAAAUUACUGCGAGACCCCCAAAUUCAAGCUCGAUACCGUUCUGCAGAACUUCAGCAGUGAUAAGAAAUAUAAAGAUUCCUACGUAAAAAAUAUUUUGGGACAUUAUGUAGGCAGCUUCGAGGAUCCCUACCAUUCACACUGCAUGAGAGUCACAGCUCAAAACAGUGAUAAAAACUACAAAGCAGAAUAUGAAGAAGACAGAGGCAAAGGCUUCUUCCCUCAGACCAUAACUCAAGAAUAUGAAGCAAUUAAGAAACUAGAUCAGUGUAAAGAUCACACCUACAAAGUCCACCCAGAUAAGACAAAAUUCACCCAAGUUACCGACUCUCCUGUUCUGCUACAAGCCCAAGUCAAUUCCAAACAACUGAGUGAUUUAAAUUACAAAGCAAAACAUGAAAGUGAAAAGUUCAAGUGCCAUAUCCCGCCUGAUACUCCUGCUCUUAUCCAGCACAAAGUCAAUGCCUAUAACCUGAGUGAUAAUCUUUAUAAACAAGACUGGGAGAAGAGCAAAGCCAAGAAGUUUGACAUUAAAGUGGACGCCAUUCCCCUGUUGGCAGCCAAAGCCAACACCAAGAACACCAGCGAUGUGAUGUACAAGAAAGACUAUGAAAAAAACAAAGGGAAAAUGAUUGGAGCCCUCAGCAUUAAUGACGAUCCCAAGAUGCUGCACUCCUUGAAGGUGGCCAAAAACCAGAGUGAUAGAUUAUACAAGGAAAACUACGAGAAGACAAAGGCAAAGAGUAUGAACUACUGCGAGACCCCAAAAUAUCAACUUGAUACACAGCUGAAGAACUUCAGUGAGGCUAAAUAUAAAGACUUAUAUGUAAAGAAUAUUUUGGGACAUUAUGUAGGCAGCUUUGAGGACCCAUAUCACACACACUGCAUGAAAGUUGCAGCUCAAAACAGUGACAAAAGUUACAAAGCAGAAUAUGAAGAAGAUAAAGGAAAAUGCUAUUUCCCUCAGACAAUAACACAAGAAUAUGAAGCAAUCAAGAAGCUGGACCAGUGUAAAGAUCAUACCUACAAAGUUCAUCCAGAUAAGACCAAAUUCACGGCAGUCACUGAUACUCCUGUACUGUUGCAAGCCCAACUCAACACGAAACAGCUUAGUGAUCUGAAUUACAAAGCAAAACAUGAAGGUGAGAAGUUCAAGUGCCAUGUACCAGCAGAUGCUCCACAGUUUAUCCAACACAGAGUCAAUGCCUACAAUCUGAGUGAUAAUCUUUAUAAGCAAGACUGGGAGAAGAGCAAAGCCAAGAAGUUUGACAUUAAAGUGGACGCCAUUCCCCUGUUGGCAGCCAAAGCCAACACCAAGAACACCAGCGAUGUGAUGUACAAGAAAGACUAUGAGAAGAGCAAAGGGAAAAUGAUUGGGGCGCUCAGCAUUAAUGAUGAUCCCAAGAUACUGCACUCCUUGAAGACAGCCAAAAACCAGAGUGAUCGUGAAUAUCGAAAAGAUUAUGAAAAGUCAAAAACUAUCUACACAGCACCUCUUGAUAUGCUCCAAGUCACUCAAGCUAAGAAAUCUCAGGCAAUUGCCAGCGACGUUGAUUAUAAGCACAUCUUACACAGUUACAGCUACCCGCCCGAUAGCAUCAAUGUGGACCUUGCCAAGAAGGCGUAUGCACUACAGAGCGAUGUUGAAUACAAAGCUGACUACAAUAGCUGGAUGAAAGGUUGUGGCUGGGUGCCUUUUGGGUCCUUAGAAAUGGAAAAGGCCAAGCGAGCUUCAGACAUCCUCAAUGAGAAAAAAUAUCGCCAACAUCCAGACACACUCAAGUUUACCUCGAUUGAAGAUGCUCCAAUUACAGUACAGUCUAAAAUUAAUCAGGCCCAGAGGAGUGAUAUCGCUUACAAAGCCAAAGGAGAGGAAAUUAUUCACAAAUACAACCUACCAGCAGACCUGCCUCAGUUUAUCCAGGCUAAAGUGAAUGCCUACAAUAUCAGUGAGAAUAUGUACAAAGCAGACUUGAAAGACUUGAGCAAGAAGGGAUAUGACCUGAGAACUGAUGCGAUUCCCAUCAGAGCUGCCAAAGCUGCCAGGCAGGCAGCGAGUGACGUUCAAUACAAAAAAGACUAUGAAAAAGCUAAAGGGAAAAUGGUCGGCUUCCAAAGUCUUCAAGAUGACCCUAAACUGGUCCAUUAUAUGAACGUGGCCAAGAUACAAUCAGAUCGGGAGUAUAAAAAAGACUAUGAGAAGACAAAGACCAAAUACAACACGCCCCAUGAUAUGUUCAACGUCGUGGCAGCUAAGAAAGCUCAGGAUGUGGUCAGCAAUGUCAACUAUAAGCAUUCUCUCCAUCAUUACACCUACUUGCCUGAUGCCAUGGACCUGGAGCUGUCUAAGAACAUGAUGCAGAUACAGAGUGAUAACGUCUACAAGGAAGACUACAACAACUGGAUGAAAGGCAUUGGCUGGAUUCCUAUCGGCAGUCUCGACGUCGAAAAAGUUAAAAAGGCCGGUGAUGCUCUGAAUGAAAAGAAGUACAGGCAACAUCCAGACACCCUCAAAUUUACCAGCAUUGUGGACUCCCCAGUUAUGGUCCAGGCAAAACAGAACACGAAGCAAGUCAGUGAUAUCUUAUACAAAGCUAAAGGAGAAGAUGUGAAACAUAAAUACACCAUGAGUCCUGAUCUUCCUCAGUUUCUCCAGGCCAAGUGCAAUGCUUACAAUAUAAGUGACGUCUGUUAUAAACGGGAUUGGCACGACUUAAUAGCCAAGGGCAACAAUGUGCUGGGUGAUGCUAUUCCCAUCACUGCAGCCAAGGCAUCGAGAAACAUUGCCAGUGAUUAUAAAUACAAGGAAGCUUAUGAGAAGUCAAAGGGAAAGCAUGUGGGUUUCAGAAGCCUCCAGGAUGAUCCCAAGCUGGUCCACUAUAUGAAUGUGGCAAAGAUGCAGUCUGAUCGUGAAUACAAGAAGAACUAUGAGAAUACCAAAACCAGCUACCAUACCCCUGGGGACAUGGUUAGCAUCACAGCUGCAAAGAUGGCCCAGGAUGUCACUACCAAUGUCAACUACAAACAGCCAUUGCAUCAUUAUACAUACCUACCUGAUGCCCUGAGUCUUGAGCACACAAGGAAUGUCAAUCAAAUUCAGAGUGAUAAUGUGUAUAAAGACGAGUAUAACAGCUUCUUCAAGGGCAUCGGAUGGAUCCCUAUUGGUUCCCUGGAGGUGGAGAAGGUCAAGAAAGCAGGCGAUGCAUUAAAUGAGAAGAAGUAUCGACAGCACCCAGAUACCAUCAAGUUCACAAGUUUGCCUGAUUCCAUGGGCAUGGUGUUGGCUCAGCAUAACACAAAGCAGCUAAGUGAUUUGAACUACAAGGUGGAGGGAGAGAAACUGAAGCACAAGUACACUAUUGACCCUGAAUUGCCUCAGUUUAUUCAAGCCAAGGUCAACGCCCUCAACAUGAGUGAUGCUCAUUAUAAAGCAGAUUGGAAGAAAACCAUUGCCAAGGGCUACGAUUUGAGACCAGAUGCCAUCCCAAUUGUUGCUGCAAAAAGUUCAAGGAAUAUUGCUAGUGAUUGCAAAUAUAAGGAGGCCUACGAGAAAGCCAAAGGCAAGCAAGUUGGAUUUCGCAGUCUUCAGGAUGAUCCUAAACUGGUUCACUACAUGAAUGUGGCCAAAAUGCAGUCUGAUCGUGAGUACAAAAAGGGCUAUGAAGCCAGCAAGACCAAGUACCACACACCUCUGGAUAUGGUCAGUGUGACAGCUGCAAAGAAAUCUCAGGAGGUUGCCACCAACGCCAACUACAGACAGCCAUACCACCAUUACACUCUCCUGCCCGACGCCUUGAAUGUGGAGCACUCCAGGAAUGCCAUGCAGAUUCAGAGCGAUAAUCUGUACAAAUCUGACUUCACCAAUUGGAUGAAAGGGAUCGGCUGGGUCCCCAUAGAGUCCCUAGAUGUGGAGAAGGCAAAGAAAGCAGGAGAGAUUCUUAGUGAGAAGAAGUAUCGACAGCACCCUGAGAAGCUGAAAUUCACGUACGCCAUGGACACAAUGGAACAGGCACUUAACAAGAGUAACAAGCUGAACAUGGACAAGAAGCUCUACACUGAAAAAUGGAACAAGGACAAGACCACCAUUCAUGUCAUGCCUGACACGCCAGAUAUUUUACUCUCCAGAAUAAAUCAAAUCACCAUGAGUGAUAAACUGUACAAAGCUGGCUGGGAAGAAGAAAAGAAGAAAGGAUAUGACCUGAGACCUGAUGCCAUUGCAAUAAAGGCUGCAAGAGCCUCUAGAGACAUUGCCAGUGAUUACAAAUACAAGCAAGCCUAUGAACAAGCCAAAGGGAAACAUAUUGGCUUCCGGAGCCUGGAAGAUGACCCCAAGCUGGUGCACUUCAUGCAGGUGGCCAAGAUGCAGUCAGACCGGGAGUACAAGAAGGGAUACGAGAAAUCCAAGACCUCCUUCCACACCCCGGUGGACAUGCUCAGUGUGGUGGCUGCCAAGAAGUCUCAGGAAGUGGCCACCAACGCCAACUACAGGAACGUGAUCCAUACCUACAACAUGCUUCCCGAUGCCAUGAGCUUUGAAUUGGCCAAAACUAGGAUGCAGAUUCAGAGUGAUAAUCAGUACAAGGCUGACUAUGCUGACUUCGUGAAGGGCAUUGGAUGGCUCCCUCUGGGCUCCCUGGAAGCGGAGAAAAACAAGAAAGCCAUGGAGAUUAUUAGUGAAAAGAAGUACCGCCAGCACCCAGACACUUUGAAGUAUUCCACAUUGAUGGACUCGAUGAACAUGGUUUUGGCCCAGAAUAAUGCAAAAAUUAUGAACGAACAUCUCUACAAACAAGCAUGGGAGGCUGAUAAAACCAAAGUCCACAUCAUGCCUGAUAUCCCCCAGAUUAUUUUGGCAAAGGCAAAUGCAAUUAAUAUGAGUGAUAAACUCUACAAACUUUCCUUGGAAGAGUCUAAAAAGAAAGGCUAUGAUCUCAGACCGGAUGCAAUUCCUAUCAAAGCUGCUAAGGCUUCCAGAGAUAUUGCAAGUGAUUAUAAAUACAAGCAUGAUUAUGAAAAAGGGAAGGGGAAAAUGGUUGGUUUCCGCAGUCUCGAGGAUGAUCCCAAAUUAGUCCAUUCCAUGCAAGUGGCUAAGAUGCAAUCUGAUCGGGAGUACAAGAAAAACUAUGAGAACACGAAGACCAGCUACCACACCCCUGCCGACAUGCUCAGUGUCACGGCUGCCAAGGAUGCCCAAGCCAACAUCACCAACACUAACUACAAGCACCUGAUUCACAAGUACAUCCUCCUCCCAGAUGCAAUGAACAUUGAACUGACCAGGAAUAUGAAUCACAUACAGAGUGAUAAUGAAUAUAAGCAAGAUUACAAUGAAUGGUACAAAGGGCUUGGCUGGAGUCCAGCAGGUUCUCUGGAAGUGGAGAAGGCCAAGAAAGCAACUGAAUAUGCCAGUGAUCAGAAAUACCGCCAGCACCCGAGCAACUUCCAGUUUAAGAAGCUGACUGAUUCCAUGGACAUGGUGCUUGCCAAGCAGAAUGCACAUACCAUGAACAAGUAUUUAUACACCGCUGAUUGGAAUAAAGAUAAGACCAAUGUUCACGUGAUGCCUGAUACACCAGAUAUUUUACAAGCCAAGCAGAAUCAAACACUGUAUAGUCAGAAACUCUAUAAACUUGGAUGGGAAGAAGCUUUGAAGAAAGGCUAUGAUCUCCCAGUUGAUGCGAUUUCUGUACAGCUAGCUAAAGCUUCAAGAGACAUUGCUAGUGAUUUUAAAUACAAACAAGGCUACCGAAAGCAACUUGGCCACCAUGUUGGAUUCCGGAGUCUGCAAGAUGACCCAAAACUUGUGUUGUCCAUGAAUGUAGCCAAAAUGCAGAGUGAAAGAGAAUAUAAGAAGGAUUUUGAGAAGUGGAAAACUAAGUUCUCCAGCCCAGUGGACAUGUUGGGAGUGGUACUGGCCAAGAAGUGUCAGGAGUUGGUUAGUGACGUGGACUACAAGAACUACUUACAUCAGUGGACAUGUCUGCCUGAUCAGAACGAUGUUGUGCAAGCUAAGAAAGUUUAUGAACUGCAAAGUGAGAAUCUGUAUAAAUCUGACCUAGAGUGGCUGAGAGGCAUAGGAUGGAGUCCCUUGGGUUCUUUAGAGGCAGAAAAGAACAAGCGGGCUUCGGAAAUCAUCAGUGAGAAAAAAUACCGUCAGCCUCCAGACAGAAACAAGUUCACCAGCAUUCCUGAUGCCAUGGACAUAGUUCUGGCAAAGACAAAUGCCAAAAAUAGGAGUGAUAGACUUUAUAGAGAAGCUUGGGACAAAGACAAGACUCAGAUCCACAUCAUGCCUGAUACGCCUGACAUUGUUCUGGCUAAAGCAAAUUUAAUCAACACAAGUGAUAAACUCUACCGAAUGGGUUAUGAGGAGCUGAAGAGAAAAGGUUACGAUCUUCCUGUUGAUGCCAUACCAAUCAAAGCAGCAAAAGCCUCCCGGGAAAUUGCCAGUGAAUACAAGUACAAGGAAGGCUUUCGCAAGCAGCUCGGCCACCACAUUGGAGCCCGGAACAUUGAAGAUGACCCCAAGAUGAUGUGGUCCAUGCAUGUGGCCAAGAUCCAGAGUGACAGGGAGUAUAAGAAGGACUUUGAGAAGUGGAAGACCAAGUUCAGCAGCCCAGUGGACAUGCUGGGGGUGGUGCUGGCCAAGAAGUGCCAGACCUUAGUCAGCGACGUGGACUACAAGAACUACCUGCACCAGUGGACGUGCCUGCCCGACCAGAAUGAUGUCAUGCAUGCUCGGCAGGCCUAUGACCUCCAGAGCGAUAACAUUUACAAAUCUGAUCUCCAGUGGCUGAGAGGCAUUGGCUGGGUCCCCAUUGGGUCUGUGGAUGUGGUCAAGUGCAAGAGAGCUGCCGAAAUACUGAGUGAUAACAUCUACCGCCAGCCUCCGGACAAGCUGAAAUUUACCAGUGUGACUGAUUCUCUGGAGCAGGUGCUGGCCAAGAACAACGCCCUCAACAUGAACAAGCGCUUAUACACAGAAGCCUGGGACAAAGACAAGACCCAAGUGCAUAUUAUGCCUGAUACACCUGAAAUCAUGUUGGCAAGACAAAAUAAAAUAAAUUACAGUGAGAGCCUCUAUCGUCAGGCCAUGGAAGAAGCCAAGAAAGAAGGCUAUGACUUGAGAAGUGAUGCCAUUCCCAUCGUGGCUGCCAAGGCCUCUCGAGAUAUUGCCAGUGAUUACAAAUACAAAGAAGCAUAUCGUAAACAGUUGGGUCACCACAUCGGCGCCCGAGCAGUACAUGAUGAUCCCAAGAUAAUGUGGUCCCUCCACAUUGCCAAAGUGCAGAGUGACCGUGAGUACAAGAAAGAUUUUGAGAAAUACAAGACAAGGUUCAGCAGCCCAGUGGACAUGCUUGGUAUCGUUUUGGCCAAGAAGUGUCAGACCUUGGUCAGCGAUGUGGACUAUAAACAUCCUCUGCAUGAAUGGAUCUGCCUGCCCGACCAGAAUGACAUCAUUCAUGCACGGAAAGCCUAUGACCUCCAGAGUGAUAAUUUGUAUAAGUCAGACCUUGAAUGGAUGAAAGGCAUUGGCUGGGUUCCUAUUGAUUCCUUGGAAGUUGUUAGGGCCAAGAGAGCUGGAGAAUUACUUAGUGAUACUAUCUACCGUCAGCGUCCAGAAACGCUGAAAUUUACCAGUAUAACAGACUCUCCGGAGCAGGUGCUGGCAAAAAACAAUGCUCUGAACAUGAAUAAGCGCUUAUAUACUGAAGCCUGGGACAAUGACAAGAAAACUAUUCAUGUCAUGCCCGAUACACCAGAAAUCAUGUUAGCCAAACUCAACCGAAUAAACUACAGUGAUAAACUCUAUAAACUUGCUUUGGAAGAGUCCAAGAAGGAAGGCUGUGACUUGCGUCUGGAUGCCAUUCCAAUCCAAGCAGCCAAGGCUUCAAGAGAGAUUGCUAGUGAUUACAAGUACAAGGAAGGCUACCGCAAACAGCUUGGCCACCACAUUGGGGCCCGGAACAUUGAGGAUGACCCAAAGAUGAUGUGGUCCAUCCACGCGGCCAAGAUCCAGAGUGACAGGGAGUACAAGAAGGACUUUGAGAAGUGGAAGACCAAGUUCAGCAGCCCAGUGGACAUGCUGGGGAUGGUGACGGCCAAGAAGUGUCAGAUCCUUGUAAGCGACGUAGACUACAGGCAUCCCCUGCAUGAAUGGCUCUGCCUGCCUGAUCAGAACGAUAUCAUUCAGGCUCGGAAGGCCUAUGACCUGCAGAGUGAUGCUAUUUACAAAUCUGACCUUGAGUGGCUGAGAGGAAUAGGAUGGGUUCCCAUUGGCUCUGUAGAGGUCGAGAAGGUGAAGAGAGCUGGAGAAAUCCUGAGUGACAGGAAGUAUCGCCAGCCUAGAGACCAGCUCAAAUUCACAUGCAUCACAGACACUCCGGAAAUUGUCCUCGCAAAGAAUAAUGCCCUGACAAUGAGCAAGCAUUUAUACACAGAAGCUUGGGAUGCUGACAAAACCUCCAUCCACGUGAUGCCAGACACCCCGGAAAUCCUGCUGGCCAAGAGUAAUUCUGCCAAUAUCAGCCAAAAACUUUACACCAAGGGAUGGGAUGAAUCAAAGAUGAAGGACUAUGAUCUGAGAGCAGAUGCUAUUUCCAUCAAAAGUGCCAAGGCCUCCAGGGACAUUGCUAGUGACUACAAAUACAAGGAAGCCUAUGAGAAACAGAAAGGCCACCACAUUGGAGCCCAGAGCAUUGAAGAUGAUCCCAAGAUUAUGUGUGCCAUACAUGCAGGAAAAAUUCAAAGUGAAAGGGAGUACAAGAAGGAAUUCCAGAAGUGGAAGACCAAGUUCUCUAGCCCAGUGGACAUGUUAGGCAUCUUGCUGGCUAAGAAAUGUCAGACUUUGGUCAGUGACAUUGAUUAUCGCAAUUACCUGCAUCACUGGACAUGCAUGCCUGAUCAAAACGACAUUAUCCAAGCAAAGAAGGCCUAUGACCUGCAGAGUGAUAGUGUGUAUAAGGCAGACCUGGAGUGGUUGCGUGGCAUCGGCUGGAUGCCAGAAGGCUCGGUGGAAAUGAACAGAGUGAAGGUUGCUCAAGACCUCCUGAAUGAAAGACUCUAUAGGACACGACCAGAAGCUUUGUCAUUCACCAGCAUUGUUGAUACUCCUGAAGUUGUCCUGGCAAAAGCCAAUUCUCUGCAAAUAAGUGAGAAACUGUAUCAAGAAGCCUGGAAUAAAGAUAAAACCAACAUCACCAUUCCUUCUGAUACUCCGGAGAUGCUGCAGGCCCACAUCAAUGCCUUGCAAAUCAGCAAUAAACUCUACCAGAAAGACUGGAAUGAGGCCAAGCAGAAAGGCUAUGACAUAAGGGCAGAUGCCAUUGAAAUCAAGCACGCCAAAGCCUCCAGAGAAAUUGCCAGUGAGUACAAAUACAAAGAAGGUUACCGUAAGCAACUGGGCCACCACGUGGGUUUCCGUACCCUACAAGAUGACCCCAAGUUGGUGUGGUCUAUACAUGCUGCCAAGAUCCAGAGUGAGAGAGAAUAUAAGAAAGCUUAUGAGAAGUCCAAAGGAAUUCACAACACACCGUUGGACAUGAUGUCAAUUGUUCAAGCCAAGAAAUGCCAGGUCCUGGUUAGCGACAUUGAUUAUCGCAAUUAUCUGCACCAGUGGACGUGUCUGCCAGAUCAGAACGAUGUGAUCCAGGCGAAGAAAGCCUACGACCUGCAGAGCGAUAACUUGUACAAGUCAGACCUGGAAUGGCUGAAGGGUAUCGGAUGGUUGCCAGAGGGUUCUGUGGAAGUGAUGAGAGUGAAGAAUGCCCAGAAUCUCUUGAAUGAAAGGUUGUAUCGUAUAAAGCCUGAGGCCCUCAAAUUUACCAGCAUUGUUGACACCCCGGAAGUAAUCCAGGCAAAGAUCAAUGCUGUACAGAUCAGUGAGCCAUUGUAUCGUGAUGCCUGGGAGAAAGAGAAGGCUAAUGUGAACGUGCCGGCUGACACUCCCUUGAUGCUGCAAUCCAAAAUCAAUGCUCUGCAGAUCAGCAAUAAACACUACCAACAAGCUUGGGAAGAUGUCAAGAUGACUGGUUAUGACUUGCGAGCAGAUGCCAUUGGGAUCCAGCAUGCCAAGGCUUCCAGGGAUAUUGCCAGUGAUUAUCUGUACAAAACUGCUUACGAGAAACAGAAAGGCCAUUACAUUGGAUGUCGCAGUGCCAAGGAAGACCCUAAACUGGUUUGGGCAGCAAAUGUGUUGAAGAUGCAGAAUGACAGGCUGUACAAAAAGGCCUACAACGACCACAAAGCCAAGAUCUCCAUCCCUGUGGACAUGGUGUCCAUCAACGCUGCCAAAGAAGGUCAGGCACUAGCAAGUGAUGUGGACUAUCGCCAGUACCUGCACCAGUGGUCUUGCUUUCCCGACCAGAAUGAUGUGAUCCAAGCCAGGAAAGCCUAUGACCUGCAGAGCGACGCCCUCUACAAGGCUGACUUGGAGUGGUUGCGUGGCAUUGGCUGGAUGCCCCAAGGGUCUCCUGAAGUAUUGAGAGUCAAAAAUGCCCAGGAGAUCCUUUGUGACAGUGUCUAUCGGACGCCUGUGGUGAACCUUAAGUACACAAGCAUUGUUGACACACCUGAAGUGGUCCUUGCUAAAUCAAAUGCUGAAAAUAUUAGUAUUCCGAAGUACAGAGAGGUUUGGGACAAGGAUAAAACUUCAGUCCACAUAAUGCCAGAUACUCCAGAAAUUAACCUCGCUAGAGCAAAUGCUCUUAAUGUAAGCAAUAAACUUUACCGUGAGGGCUGGGAUGAAAUGAAGGCAGGCUGUGAUGUCCGGCUGGAUGCCAUCCCCAUCCAGGCUGCCAAGGCCUCCAGGGAGAUUGCCAGUGACUAUAAAUAUAAGCUUGACCAUGAGAAGCAGAAGGGACACUACGUGGGCACCCUCACAGCCAGGGAUGACAACAAGAUCCGCUGGGCCCUCAUAGCUGACAAGCUCCAGAAUGAACGAGAGUACCGUCUGGACUGGGCCAAAUGGAAGGCCAAGAUCCAGAGCCCCGCGGACAUGCUUUCCAUCCUGCACUCUAAAAAUUCCCAGGCUCUGGUCAGUGACGUGGAUUACCGCAAUUACCUGCACCAGUGGACCUGCAUGCCCGACCAGAACGAUGUGAUUCAGGCCAAGAAGGCCUACGAACUGCAGAGUGAUAAUGUUUACAAGGCUGACUUGGAAUGGUUGCGUGGAAUUGGGUGGAUGCCAAAUGACUCCGUGUCCGUCAAUCACGCCAAACAUGCCGCGGAUAUCUUCAGUGAGAAAAAAUAUCGCACAAAAAUAGAAACUCUCAACUUCACGCCUGUGGAUGACAGAGUUGAUUAUGUGACAGCGAAACAAAGUGGUGAGAUCCUCGAUGAUAUUAAAUACCGAAAAGACUGGAAUGACACCAAAUCAAAGUACACCCUCACAGAAACUCCCCUGCUGCACACUGCCCAGGAGGCUGCCAGGAUACUGGACCAGUAUCUCUACAAGGAAGGCUGGGAGAGACAAAAAGCCACAGGUUACAUUUUGCCUCCAGAUGCUGUACCAUUUGUUCAUGCCCAUCACUCCAGUGACGUUCAGAGUGAGCUGAAAUACAGAGCUGACCAUGUGAAGCAAAAAGGUCAUUAUGUUGGUGUCCCGACGAUGAGAGAUGAUCCUAAGCUGGUUUGGUUUGAGCAUGCAGGCCAGAUUCAGAAUGAGAGACUAUACAAAGAGGACUAUCACAAAACAAAGGCCAAAAUCAAUAUACCUGCUGAUAUGAAGUCCGUCUUGGCCGCCAAGGAGGGGCAGGCCCUUGUCAGUGAUAUUGACUACCGUAAUUACUUGCACCAAUGGACGUGUCAUCCUGACCAGAAUGAUGUUAUUCAGGCAAGAAAGGCCUAUGACCUACAGAGCGAUAAUAUCUACAAAGCUGACCUAGAGUGGCUCCGGGGCAUUGGCUGGAUCCCCCUGGAUUCUGUGGACCAUGUGAGGGUUACUAAGAACCAGGAAAUGAUGAAUCAGAUCAAAUAUAAGAAAAAUGCCCUUGACAACUAUCCUAACUUUACAAGUGUGGUGGAUCCUCCAGAGAUUGUUUUAGCCAAGAUUAAUUCUGUCAAUCAAAGUGAUGUAAAAUAUAAAGAAACAUUUAAUAAAGCAAAGGGCAAGUACACGUUUUCACCAGACACACCGCAUAUCUCCCACUCCAGAGACAUGGGAAAACUCUACAGCACUAUACUGUAUAAAGGGGCAUGGGAGGGCACCAAGGCCUAUGGCUACACCCUGGAUGAGCGCUAUAUUCCCAUUGUUGGAGCCAAGCAUGCUGAUCUGGUGAACAGUGAGCUUAAAUACAAAGAGACAUAUGAGAAGCAGAAAGGUCACUACUUGGCUGGAAAAGUGAUCGGUGAAUUCCCUGGUGUGGUUCACUGUCUGGAUUUCCAACAGAUGAGGAGUGCGUUGAACUACAGAAAACAUUAUGAAGAUACCAAAGCAAAUGUUCAUAUCCCCAAUGACAUGAUGAAUCACGUGCUGGCUAAAAGGUGCCAGUACAUCCUCAGUGACCUGGAGUAUCGACACUAUUUCCACCAGUGGACGUCUCUUCCGGAAGAACCCAACGUUAUACGUGUCCGAAACGCCCAGGAGAUCUUGAGUGAUAAUGUGUAUAAAGAUGACCUGAAUUGGUUGAAAGGCAUUGGUUGCUAUGUUUGGGAUACACCCCAAAUUCUCCAUGCCAAGAAAUCAUACGACCUUCAGAGUCAGCUACAAUAUACAGCAGCAGGUAAAGAAAAUCUACAAAACUAUAAUCUGGUCACAGACACACCCGUCUAUGUGACUGCUGUUCAGAGUGGCAUUAAUGCCAGUGAGGUGAAAUAUAAAGAAAAUUAUCAUCAGAAUAAGGACAAAUACACAACAGUUCUGGAAACAGUGGAUUAUGACAGAACCAGAAACCUGAAGAAUCUUUACAGCAGUAACCUUUACAAGGAGGCCUGGGAUAGAGUGAAAGCCACCAGCUACAUCCUGCCUUCCAGCACCUUGUCCCUGACACACGCCAAGAACCAGAAGCAUCUGGCCAGCCAUGUCAAAUAUCGGGAGGAAUAUGAAAAGUUCAAAGCUCUUUAUACGUUACCAAGAAGUGUUGACGAUGAUCCAAACACAGCACGGUGCCUCCGAGUUGGCAAAUUUAACAUCGAUCGCUUGUACAGAUCAGUUUAUGAAAAGAACAAGAUGAAAAUCCACAUCGUGCCCGACAUGGUAGAGAUGGUUACCGCCAAGGAUUCUCAGAAGAAAGUCAGCGAGAUUGAUUACCGCCUGCACCUCCACGAAUGGAUUUGCCACCCCGACUUGAAAGUCAAUGAUCACGUCAGGAAAGUCACAGAUCAGAUCAGUGAUAUUGUGUACAAGGAUGACCUCAACUGGCUGAAAGGCAUUGGUUGCUACGUCUGGGACACUCCUGAAAUCCUCCAUGCCAAGCACGCUUAUGAUCUGCGUGAUGAUAUCAAGUAUAAAGCUCACAUGUUGAAAACGAGGAAUGACUAUAAGCUUGUCACAGAUACACCAGUCUACGUGCAGGCUGUCAAAAGUGGGAAACAGCUAAGUGACGCUGUCUACCACUAUGACUAUGUGCACAGUGUCAGAGGCAAAGUGGCUCCAACUACCAAAACCGUGGAUCUGGACCGGGCCCUUCAUGCAUACAAGCUCCAGAGUUCGAACCUAUACAAAACCAGCCUGCGCACCCUGCCCACUGGAUAUAGACUUCCAGGUGACACUCCUCACUUCAAACACGUCAAGGACACCCGUUACAUGAGCAGUUAUUUCAAGUACAAAGAAGCCUACGAACACACCAAGGCAUAUGGGUAUACACUUGGUCCCAAAGAUGUUCCAUUUGUCCACGUCCGGAGAGUCAACAAUGUUACCAGCGAGAGACUGUAUCGGGAAUUGUACCACAAACUGAAAGACAAGAUCCAUACAACUCCCGAUACCCCUGAGAUCCGCCAAGUCAAGAAGACACAAGAGGCUGUCAGUGAGUUGAUCUACAAAUCAGACUUCUUCAAGAUGCAGGGCCACAUGAUCUCUCUGCCAUACACACCCCAAGUGAUCCAUUGCCGCUACGUAGGAGACAUUACCAGUGAUAUUAAAUACAAAGAGGACUUGCAGAUCCUGAAGGGAUUUGGCUGCUUCCUGUAUGACACUCCUGACAUGGUCCGCUCCCGGCACUUGCGGAAGCUCUGGUCUAAUUACCUGUACACUGAUAAGGCAAGGAAGAUGCGAGACAAAUACAAAGUGGUGCUUGACACUCCAGAAUACAGAAAAGUGCAAGAACUGAAGACACAUCUGAGUGAGCUGGUCUACAGAGCUGCAGGCAAGAAGCAGAAGUCAAUCUUUACUUCAGUUCCUGAUACUCCUGAUCUUUUAAGAGCCAAGCGAGGGCAGAAGCUUCAGAGUCAGUAUCUGUAUGUUGAACUUGCCACCAAAGAGAGACCCCAUCAUCACGCUGGAAACCAGACCACAGCCUUGAAGCACGCUAAAGACGUGAAAGACAUGGUCAGCGAGAAAAAGUACAAGAUUCAAUAUGAAAAGAUGAAGGACAAGUACACUCCAGUUCCAGAUACGCCAAUCCUCAUCAGAGCCAAGAGGGCUUACUGGAAUGCCAGCGACCUACGCUACAAAGAAACAUUUCAAAAGACCAAAGGAAAAUACCACACGGUGAAAGAUGCCCUAGACAUUGUCUAUCAUCGCAAAGUCACAGAUGACAUCAGUAAAAUAAAAUACAAGGAGAACUACAUGAGCCAGCUGGGUAUCUGGAGGUCCAUUCCUGAUCGUCCGGAGCAUUUCCACCACCGAGCAGUCACUGACGCAGUCAGUGAUGUAAAAUAUAAGGAAGACUUGACUUGGCUUAAAGGCAUUGGUUGCUAUGCCUAUGAUACCCCUGAUUUCACUCUGGCUGAAAAGAACAAGACUCUCUACAGCAAGUAUAAGUAUAAAGAAGUAUUUGAAAGGACGAAGUCAGAUUUCAAGUAUGUUGCCGACUCUCCAAUCAAUAGGCAUUUCAAGUAUGCAACUCAAUUGAUGAAUGAGAAAAAAUACAGAGCUGAUUAUGAGCAGCGGAAAGAUAAAUACCACCUGGUAGUGGAUGAGCCUAGACAUCUGCUGGCUAAGACCGCAGGCGACCAGAUCAGUCAGAUCAAAUACAGGAAAAACUAUGAAAAAUCAAAGGACAAAUUUACCUCAAUUGUGGAUACUCCAGAACACCUGCGUACUACAAAAGUCAACAAACAAAUCAGCGAUAUCCUUUAUAAAUUGGAAUACAACAAGGCCAAACCCAGAGGCUACACCACAAUCCACGACACGCCCAUGCUGCUGCAUGUCCGCAAGGUUAAAGAUGAAGUCAGUGAUCUGAAAUACAAAGAAGUAUACCAAAGAAAUAAAUCCAACUGCACCAUUGAGCCAGAUGCUGUUCAUAUCAAAGCAGCCAAGGACGCCUACAAAGUCAACACCAAUCUGGACUAUAAGAAACAGUACGAGGCCAACAAAGCGCACUGGAAGUGGACCCCUGACCGACCGGACUUCCUCCAGGCUGCCAAGUCAUCCCUGCAGCAGAGUGACUUUGAAUAUAAGCUGGACCGGGAGUUCCUGAAGGGUUGCAAGCUUUCUGUCACUGAUGACAAAAACACGGUGCUGGCCCUCAGGAAUACUUUAAUAGAAAGUGAUCUGAAAUACAAAGAGAAACAUGUCAAGGAAAGAGGAACCUGCCAUGCCGUACCUGACACACCUCAGAUCCUGCUGGCGAAGACUGUCAGCCACCUGGUGUCUGAGAACAAGUACAAGGACUAUGUCAAGAAGCACUUGGCACAGGGCUCAUACACAACACUACCAGAGACCCGGGACACUGUUCACGUCAAGGAAGUGACCAAGCAUGUCAGUGAUACAAAUUACAAAAAGAAGUUUGUCAAGGAGAAAGGAAAAUCCAACUACUCCAUCAUGCUGGAGCCACCAGAGGUGAAACAUGCUAUGGAAGUGGCCAAGAAGCAAAGUGAUGUCGCUUACAGAAAAGAUGCCAAAGAGAACCUGCAUUACACCACAGUGGCCGAUCGACCAGACAUCAAGAAGGCCACACAGGCAGCCAAACAGGCCAGUGAGGUGGAGUACAGAGCAAAGCACCGCAAGGAGGGCAGCCACGGCUUAAGCAUGCUCGGUCGCCCAGACAUAGAAAUGGCCAAGAAGGCAGCCAAGCUGAGCAGCCAGGUUAAAUACCGAGAAAAUUUCGAUAAAGAAAAGGGCAAGACACCAAAAUACAAUCCGAAAGACAGCCAGCUCUACAAAGUCAUGAAAGAUGCUAAUAAUCUUGCAAGUGAGGUUAAAUAUAAGGCUGACCUGAAGAAACUUCACAAACCUGUGACUGACAUGAAGGAGUCUCUGAUCAUGAAUCAUGUCCUGAGUACAAGCCAACUUGCCAGUUCUUACCAGUACAAGAAGAAGUAUGAGAAGAGCAAAGGCCACUACCACACCAUACCCGAUAAUCUGGAGCAGCUUCACCUAAAAGAGGCCACAGAAUUACAGAGUAUAGUGAAAUACAAAGAAAAGUAUGAAAAGGAACGAGGAAAACCCAUGCUGGACUUUGAAACACCAACGUACAUCACUGCCAAAGAGUCUCAGCAGAUGCAGAGUGGGAAAGAAUACAGGAAAGAUUAUGAAGAGUCCAUUAAAGGCAGAAACUUGACUGGCCUGGAGGUCACACCAGCUUUGUUACAUGUCAAAUAUGCAACUAAAAUAGCAAGCGAGAAAGAGUACAGGAAAGAUCUAGAGGAAAGCAUCCGUGGGAAGGGCCUCACUGAAAUGGAAGAUACACCUGACAUGCUAAGAGCAAAGAAUGCCACUCAAAUCCUCAAUGAGAAAGAAUAUAAGCGAGACCUGGAACUGGAAGUCAAAGGAAGAGGCCUGAAUGCCAUGGCCAAUGAAACUCCGGAUUUUAUGAGGGCCAGGAAUGCUACUGAUAUUGCCAGUCAGAUUAAGUAUAAGCAAUCAGCAGAAAUGGAGAAAGCCAAUUUCACUUCUGUGGUUGAUACUCCAGAGAUCAUUCACGCCCAACAAGUCAAGAAUCUUUCAAGCCAGAAAAAAUACAAGGAAGAUGCUGAGAAGUCCAUGUCAUAUUAUGAGAUUGUUUUGGACACCCCAGAGAUGCAGAGAGUCCGGGAGAACCAAAAGAACUUCAGCCUUCUCCAAUACCAGUGUGACCUUAAAAACAGUAAAGGAAAAAUUACAGUUGUUCAAGACACGCCAGAAAUACUCCGUGUAAAAGAAAAUCAAAAGAAUUUCAGCUCGGUUUUAUAUAAAGAGGAUGUCUCACCAGGAACGGCUAUCGGAAAGACACCUGAGAUGAUGAGAGUGAAACAAACACAGGACCACAUUAGCUCGGUGAAGUAUAAGGAAGCAAUAGGACAAGGAACUCCAAUCCCUGACCUGCCUGAAGUGAAACGUGUGAAGGAGACACAGAAGCACAUUAGCUCGGUUAUGUACAAAGAAAACUUGGGAACAGGCAUUCCAACCACUGUGACUCCAGAGAUUGAGAGAGUCAAACGCAAUCAAGAGAACUUUAGCUCGGUUUUGUACAAAGAAAAUUUGGGGAAAGGAAUCCCAACAGCUAUCACUCCAGAGAUGGAGAGAGUCAAACGCAAUCAAGAGAACUUUAGCUCGGUGUUAUACAAAGAAAACAUGGGCAAGGGAACCCCUUUACCUGUCACUCCCGAGAUGGAGAGAGUCAAACACAAUCAAGAAAAUAUUAGCUCGGUUUUGUACAAAGAAAAUGUGGGGAAAGCCACCCCAACCCCUGUCACUCCUGAGAUGCAGAGAGUCAAACGCAAUCAAGAAAACAUUAGCUCGGUGUUAUACAAAGAGAACUUGGGGAAAGCAACCCCCACACCUUUUACUCCUGAGCUGGAAAGAGUGAAACGCAAUCAAGAAAACUUUAGCUCGGUAUUGUACAAAGAGAACAUGAGAAAAGCAACUCCGACACCUGUUACUCCAGAGAUGGAGAGAGCUAAGCGCAACCAAGAAAACAUUAGCUCGGUUCUUUAUUCUGAUAGCUUCCGGAAACAAAUACAAGGCAAAGCUGCCUAUGUAUUGGAUACCCCCGAGAUGAGACGGGUGAGGGAGACCCAACGGCACAUCUCAACGGUGAAAUACCAUGAAGACUUUGAGAAACACAAGGGUUGCUUCACACCAGUGGUGACAGAUCCUAUCACUGAACGAGUAAAGAAGAACAUGCAGGACUUCAGUGACAUUAGCUACCGAGGUAUUCAGAGGAAAGUGGUAGAAAUGGAACAAAAACGGAAUGACCAAGAUCAGGAGACUAUUACAGGUUUACGUGUCUGGCGUACUAAUCCUGGUUCGGUUUUUGACUAUGACCCAGCAGAAGACAACAUCCAGUCCCGAAGCUUACACAUGAUUAAUGUCCAAGCUCAGCGCCGCAGCCGGGAGCAGUCACGAUCUGCCAGUGCACUGAGCAUCAGUGGGGGUGAGGAGAAGUCUGAGCAUUCAGAAGCGCCAGACCACCACCUUUCAACUUACAGCGACGGGGGUGUCUUUGCAGUCUCAACAGCUUACAAACAUGCAAAAACCACAGAGCUCCCACAACAACGAUCAUCUUCAGUUGGUACCCAACAGACAACGGUAUCUUCCAUCCCAUCUCAUCCAUCUACUGCUGGAAAAAUCUUCCGUGCCAUGUAUGACUAUAUGGCUGCUGAUGCAGAUGAGGUGUCUUUCAAGGAUGGAGACGCCAUCAUAAAUGUUCAAGCUAUUGAUGAAGGUUGGAUGUAUGGCACUGUGCAGAGGACUGGCAGGACCGGAAUGCUCCCAGCCAACUACGUUGAAGCUAUUUAGGCAUCUCAAAGCAUCACACUUGUCUGCAGGACCUACAGAUCCUGCUAGACUCUCCACUGUUACCUAAGUUCUCAAGCUGCCUAUGGUUUUUCUGUGUCAAUGUGAUUUAUGGUAGUACCAUCCUUUCACCUUUGGGUUUUAAAAUAAGUUGCAGAAUAGACAUUUUAAAAGCUUCUGCAAUAUUAUUUCUCUGCCUAGAGUCUUUGUCCAUUAUAAACAUGUUUUAACAUUAUUUCUUUUCUAAAACAGGGAUUUUGAAUAUGCCAAACACAUUAAAGGAAAAAUAGCAGAGAUGUUCACUUUUUCCUUGCUUAAUGAUUGACAAUGCUUAUUAUUCAGUUCUGAAAUUAUAAACUUACAAUCAAUACAAACUAGCAGCUAAUAAAACCUCUAAUUCUGCAA